UCGUGCGUUUUUCAUGGUCAGCUGACAAUUUAUCCACCAAUCAUAAGUCGUAUAGGGUUGUAAAAACAUCAAAUUGAAGCUGCGACUUUGUUAUGUAAAAUAAUAGGCUGUAUAUAGCCUCCGGACUGGAAACACAAUUGCUUAGAUUGCGAUCGACCGAGGAAACUUAAGCAGUAAGUAUUAGGCUACCAGUACCUACCUAUUGCUCUCAUCUCCUUCUAUUAACGUUAGAUUGGAUACUGAUCUGGAGUUUGCUACUUACUGUAUUCUACAGGCUAUCAAUUUCACUGAGCCUUAUGCAUUCUGUAAAAAGCAUUGUAGUCAGUCAAUAGGGCAGUCAGUCUAUUUAGCAAACUGUAGCUUUACUUGACAAAAUAUAAGUCAGGAAAAGACUGAUGAUGGUUACCUGGACUCCGAUGGUUAGGCCUUAGCCCUUGAUCAUGACACUCAGUUCCAUUACACAUCAUUGGAGGAAGGCGUCUUCUGGAUCGGUGUUUUGUUAAGAGCCCCUACGCUCGGUCUUAACAUUAACACGCAUUGCUUGCGGUACGGUUUUGGAAACAUAAGGACCUUAUCGUUCAUAUCAGCGAGAAACAUUUUUCAAAAAAUGAAACGUUAAAAUUGAUACACACCUUUACAUGGUUAGUGUUCCCACACGACCAUAGCCUAUCUCCACUUUUUAGCGCGGAUGACGGAGGGACCACCUGUGCUAAUUAGCUAUCUAGUACGCGUCAAACACCUGUGUGUAACAGGAAGAAGGUUGCCAGAAACGUGUUAUCGCUGAAAAAUACUUUUGGCUGCAACCGUGAUUAAGCCGGUUAAAACAGUGUAGCCUACAGUGUGUGUGUAUUUUGCAUUUGUGAAAUUAUUUUGAUGUGAUAUGAAAGUAAAUGGCUUUAUGUUUCUAGAACCGUAUCGCAAUUGAGAAUCGUUUCACGUUUAGAUGGCUGUCAGAGCCAGUCUACCUCUGAAAAUAACAUACGGUAUAAGUUCCUUGGACCUUGAAAAGUAAGGGGAAGGUUAGGCUCCUUAAGAGUAGGUCUACAAAUUGGGCCUAUGCUUUGCAUGCAGAAUUUCCACUAGCCUGCUUUUGUUGCCCUAUGUAAAUAGACGGUUGUCCUGUUGAUCCAACAGAUAAACCCUGAUUAGAUGUUGAUGUUUUUCACUGCAAGCUUUUGUUAAAGUGCACGUUAUCAUUUAAACAAUAUCGAAGAACACUUCUAUAUAAUCAGAUUAUACAUCAACCUGCAACUGUAAAUUCCAGCCACAAUCUAUUAUUGUAAAAUCAUAUGAUAAGACAGGACUUUGGACAAUAGAAAUCAUCAGGACAACAAAAGUGCCAGCUAGGGCUUGUGAAAAUAAAACAUGUUACAUAAGAGUGUGGUAGCCUACACUGUACAUUAAAUGUGUUUUCUUUUAAGACAUGAAGGUGGAAGUCACCCAAAUGAACAGCAACGGUCAGGUCCCUCUCCAAAUGAACGCAAGCAGUCGAAGACAGGUAAGAACAUCCGCCCUGAAUCAUGCAGUGUAAUUGACAUCUGGAGGUUUACAAGGCAUUUGUUGAAUAAGUAAGACUGAGUCAUAGAUAGUCUCUUUCUAGCCUGGGUACCAGUCUGUUUAGCUAACAUUCCACUCCUUGUACUCCAUAGUAGACUAAAAGGUGUGGAAUAUUAGCUAAACAGACUGGUACCCAGGAUAGUCUCUUUCUGCACAAGGAGUCAGAUACAUACAUGUGAGUGAGUGUUAGUUGUGGAGCCAACCAGAACAUUUUGUUCAGCGGAUCGAUGGUGCGCACUGUUGUCAUGUUUUUUCAAAGCCUCCUUAACUAAGGUUAAUUUUCAUUUGACAGUGAAGUCAAUACUCUGAGUUGUCGCCCCACUGGACACAGGUCUUGAGUGGCUCUGCCUCUCUGGCUGGUUUGCCUCCAGUGUCCAAGGCGUUCCUAGCCUUUGGAAAAGAGUUGACACAACGAUGUAACCAAAGGUUUAAAAGCGUUCUAUGGCUGUUAAACAUAUUUCAAAUAGACUGAUAAUGUACAUUUUAUAGAGGUACACAAUAGCAGAGUAGCUCCAUAGGUUAGAUCAAUUGUAUUGUCCUCUGAAGAGGAAAUUCAUUUCCACAGCUCAUACAUUUACAUAAAAAAAUAAUUUAAAAAAGAUCACCCAGACUUGACAGUUACAGAUGAACAGAAUGUUCAUCACUUUGUCCACUGUGUUAUAACCUGACUGUUGGGCCAGAGAGCUGAUGUUUUAAAGAUGUGGUUUUCUCUUCCUAUAGGAGGCCACAGGAGGCCUGUGGGACUCAGUGAUGAAAGCGGUCAUCGUCAUUGGAUCUAGCCUCUUUGUCCUGGCAGCCUUCGGGAACUCCUUAACAUGGUAAUAACGACAAGACCUUAACACAGCAUCUAGGGACAGGGAUGUUUUCAGUAAUAAGCACAACAUUGAAUUGUUGUUGCGACCACAGAUUUGUGGGACAAGUUGUAACCUUAGCCUUUUCCCUGUGCCUCCCAGGCAUCUGCAGAGGUUUUGGGGAGCAUCAGGAGACUUCUGGCAAAACCAGUGGACUAAAGUGCACCAGAGGUGGGAGGGACACGAGACAGCCUUGUUCUAUGCCGGUAAGAGACAAUGUAACUGGUGGGAUCUGAACCCUGGUGUCCCGCUUGGGAAAACAACAUCUUAAGCAUUAGACCAAGAGGAAAUUCCCACUUGUGCUGAGGGUGACACUGAUUUUAAGUCACAGGCAGGGUUACCUCAUCACGAUAGCAUGAGUCCAACUCACCUUCGCUACAACAACAACACCAACAACAAAACAUUUACCCAUACAGUUACAUAACAGCAUGACACGCCAUCUAUGAAUAGACAGGCUGGAAAUAUCAUCUGACAUAAACUAAAGGAAGUAUUAUGGGCUGCACAAAGGAACAGGAAGGAAUAGACUGUGGCGAGCAGCCCAGUACAACUCUCUCCUGGAAUUCUGAUGUUCCACAGUGCUGAUAUUUAGGUGAUAUAAAAAAGACAAACAAAGUAUUCUCCCCAGAAUUGAGUUGUGAAGUAUAUUUAUGUUCCAUUCAUUAUUAGACACAAACAUUAUCUGUCUAGAGAUGAUGGGGCGGCAGGUAGCUUAGUGGUUAAGAGCGUUGUGCCAGUAACCGAAAGGUCGCUGGUUCUAAUCCCUGAGCCGACUAGGUGAAAAAUCUGCCCUUGAGCAAGGCACUUAACCCUAAUUGCUCCUGUAAGUCGCUCUGGAUAAGAGCGUCUGCUAAAAUGACUAAAAUGUAAAAAUGUCAUGUGAUUUGUAAAGGGUGCGUCUCAAAUGGCACCCUAUUCCCUAUAUAUGCCCUAUUGGCACUGGUCAAAAGUAGUGCAGUGACAUUUUUAGCACAUACAGUGAGGGAAAAAAGUAUUUGAUCCCCUGCUGAUUUUGUACGUUUGCCCACUGACAAAGACAUGAUCAGUCUAUAAUUUUAAUGGUAGGUUUAUUUGAACAGAGAGACAGAAUAACAACAACAAAAUCCAGAAAAACGCAUGUCAAAAAUGUUAUAAAUUGAUUUGCAUUUUAAUGAGGGAAAUAAGUAUUUGACCCCUCUGCAAAACAUGACUUAGUACUUGGUGGCAUAACCCUUGUUGGCAAUCACAGAGGUCAGACGUUUCUUGUAGUUGGCCACCAGGUUUGCACACAUCUCAGGAGGGAUUUUGUCCCACUCCUCUUUGCAGAUCUUCUCCAAGUCAUUAAGGUUUCGAGGCUGACGUUUGGCAACUCGAACCUUCAGCUCCCUCCACAGAUUUUCUAUGGGAUUAAGUUCUGGAGACUGGCUAGGCCACUCCAGGACCUUAAUGUGCUUCUUCUUGAGCCACUUCUUUGUUGCCUUGGCCGUGUGUUUUGGGUCAUUGUCAUGCUGGAAUACCCAUCCACUACCCAUGUUCAAUGCCCUGGCUGAGGGAAGGAGGUUUUCACUCAAGAUUUGACGGUACAUGGCCCCGUCCAUCGUCCCUUUGAUCCGGUGAAGUUGUCCUGUCCCCUUAGCAGAAAAACACCCCCAAAGCAUAAUGUUUCCACCUCCAUGUUUGACGGUGGGGAUGGUGUUCUUGGGGUCAUAGGCAGCAUUCCUCCUCCUCCAAACACGGCGAGUUGAGUUGAUGCCAAAGAGCUCGAUUUUGGUCUCAUCUGACCACAACACUUUCACCCAGUUCUCCUCUGAAUCAUUCAGAUGUUCAUUGGCAAACUUCAGACGGCUGUAUAUGUGCUUUCUUGAGCAGGGGGACCUUGCGGGCGCUGCAGGAUUUCAGUCCUUCACGGCGUAGUGUGUUACCAAUUGUUUUCUUGGUGACUAUGGUCCCAGCUGCCUUGUGAUCAUUGACAAGAUCCUCCCGUGUAGUUCUGGGCUGAUUCCUCACCGUUCUCAUGAUCAUUGCAACUCCACAAGGUGAGAUCUUGCAUGGAGCCCCAGGCCGAGGGAGAUUGACAGUUAUUUUCUGUUCCUUCCAUUUGCGAAUAAUCGUACCAACUGUUGUCACCUUCUCACCAAGCUGCUUGGCGAUGGUCUUGUAGCCCAUUCCAGCCUUGUGUAGGUCUACAAUCUUGUCCCUGACAUCCUUGGAGAGCUCUUUGGUCUUGGCCAUGGUGGAGAGUUUGGAAUCUGAUUGAUUGAUUGCUUCUGUAGACAGGUGUCUUUUAAACAGGUAACAAACUGAGAUUAGGAGCACUCCCUUUAAGAGUGUGCUCCUAAUCUCAGCUCGUUACCUGUAUAAAAGACACCUGGGAGCCAGAAAUCUUACUGAUUGAGAGGGGGUCAAAUACUUAUUUCCCUCAUUAAAAUGCAAAUCAAUUUAUUACAUUUUUGACAUGCGUUUUUUCUGGAUUUUUUUGUUGUUAUUCUGUCUCUCACUGUUCAAAUAAACCUACCAUUAAAAUUAUAGACUGAUCAUUUCUUUGUCAGUGGGCAAACGUACAAAAUCAGCAGGGGAUCAAAUACUUUUUUCCCUCACUGUAAGGGUCUUGUAAAUAGAAGACUGUCUGACAGGGAACAUCAGGAGAAAGUUUACUUGUUAUUUAGCCAGAUGGACAUUAUGUAAUAUUGCAUGUAAUAUUGCAAUAUGUAACCAUCUUUGGUUCUAUAUCACUUUAAUGAGAUGUUAAUGCACUGAUUGAGUGAAGCAUGCUGAGCUGUUCUUAGAUAAUGUUAGGACAUGCUGUAUCUUGAAUUGGUUCAUGUGUACAUGAUGCGGUUGUUGUUUUGUAUUGUAUGUAAUGCAUUGUUUUCGGUUGUGCUGAACAGGGGCGAUGUUUGUGCCCUUUGUGGCUUUCUGGGGGUCCAAUCUUCUGCUCAUGCUGGUUGAUUACACUGGAAUGCCCAACUUCAUCACCCGUUACAGAAUACAGGUGGACAAGAACAACCCGGUACAGUCAAUCUAAUCUUGUUUUACUCCUGUAUCUCACCAUGACCUCCAUUUAUUACAGUAGGCAGGAAGGGCUCAAAUCAGGAUCGUCCUUAUGAAAGCCUCACAUUUCACUCUAGUGAAAGGAGUUGUGUGUGCUCUCGCGUGCACGUGUGUUUGUACUAGCAUGUGUGUUGUGAAAUUCAGAGUCAUCAUAACUAGGGCCAAGAGUUUCUCUCCUGUUCAUGUUGCAUGUCCAGGUCACGUGGUCAGGAAAAACUCAGGUCUCAAUGAAGGGCAUGUCCAUCAGUCGAUCGGACCAAAGUCCUCUUACUGCGUUUGAUUAAUAGAUGUUGUUUUACAGGACACUAGCGAGAUAACGACUGCAAUUACUGAUGACCGCUGGUUACCCUAGCCUGCCCCCUCCUGCAAUCUGUGGAUGAUUAGAUACUUAAGUGACAUAGCGUUACUCAAAGCGCUUAUCAGUCAUAAACAUUACCUGUUUAUAAUAUAUGCCAAAUGCAGCUAGAUAUAAUCACCUUAGGUAACACGCACAGAUAUUGAAGAACUUCCCUGUGAGUUUCAAAGGUCAGUGAUGACUUUUCAAUGUGAGGGUGCAAAGCUCAGGAAACAUGAGACAGGACCGAGGAUAACUAUACUUUACCAGCGGGACAUAACCUCUUUAUCUGAUUAUAAAGCAUAAAUCUGUUUAAUUCAUUUGGAAUAAAUAUAUUUCUGAAUUAACAUUACUAUGAUGUUACUAUGGUCUCACUAAAUCUGGUAUACAGUGAUGUAUACUCCCGCUAGUAUGUAGCAAGUGUUUGAUUUGUCCAGCUCUGGAUUGGCUUUUGAAUUUGUCAUGGAUACCAUCCAAAUUCUUUCAGACGAAUGAACACACUAUCAAUAAAUGACUUUAUUGUAAUGUGCUACAUUGUGGUUUCCUAAGAAAGAUUGAUGGUGCUAGCUAGAGUAAUAUUCUAAGUACACAACAAACAAGAGCAUUGCCGCGGGAAGAUGUUUGGGGGUGCUGCGAUUUUUUUCACACAAUCAUUUUUUUCUCGAGCUACAUACGGCUGUAGUCGGGGGUUGGGAUAUAUCGUUCCGCUAAUACAGAACUAGUGAAGGCCCAGUCCACUACUUUUGUAAAAUGUACAAAAAUAAAAUAGCACCCCUACUUACAUCUUAAAAACUAGCAGAAAUGUCAGACUUUGAAGUAAACAAAACACGUUCAACUAAGUGAACAAUAAACAAGAAGACUGCUGAUUGCAGAAAUGGAUGACCUGACAUUUGCCACCAAAAUUCUCCCAUCCCGUAGGUUGACCCAGUGAGGCUGCGCCACGCUGUGAAGACUGUGGUCCUCAACCAGCUCUUCAUCUCUGCUCCCAUGGUGGUGGUGUGCUGGGCGGUUAUGUUUUAUAGGGGGAAUCCCUGCGGCCCAGAGCUGCCCACCUUCCACCGAGGCCUGUUGGAGUUGGCCUUCUGCGCCGUGCUGGAGGAGGUCAUGUUCUACUACUCACACAGGUAAUAGCUGUGGCUAGGUACUAAUUGAUUUAGCUGAAGGUGUGGAAAGUGCUGUAACCAAAGAUAAGCAAAGGAUAGACAAACAAUAGACAGACAUAUGCAUAUGGGGAAACAUACACAUUCCUCUGAGAGGUUCCAAAGAAAAGAUCAUUACAGUGCCUUCAGAAAGUAGUCAUAUCCCUUGACUUAUUCCACAUUUUGUUGUGUUGCAGCCUGAAUUCAAAAUUGAUUAAAUAGGUGUUUUUUCUCACCGAUCUACACACAAUACCCCAUAAUGAAAAAGUGAAAAAAAUAUACAGUGAGGGAAAAAAGUAUUUGAUCCCCUGCUGAUUUUGUACGUUUGCCCACUGACAAAGAUAUGAUCAGUCUAUAAUUUUAAUGGUAGGUUUAUUUGAACAGUGAGAGACAGAAUAACAACAACAAAAUCCAAAAAAACGCAUGUCAAAAAUGUUAUAAAUUGAUUUGCAUUUUAAUGAGGGAAAUAAGUAUUUGACCCCUCUGCAAAACAUGACUUAGUACUUGGUGGCAUAACCCUUGUUGGCAAUAAAAGAGGUCAGACGUUUCUUGUAGUUGGCCACCAGGUUUGCACACAUCUCAGGAGGGAUUUUGUCCCACUCCUCUUUGCAGAUCUUCUCCAAGUCAUUAAGGUUUCGAGGCAGACGUUUGGCAACUCGAAUCUUCGGUUCCCUCCACAGAUUUUCUAUGGGAUUAAGGUCUGGAGACUGGCUAGGCCACUCCAGGACCUUAAUGUGCUUCUUCUUGACCCACUCCUUUGUUGCCUUGGCUGUGUAUUUUGGGUCAUUGUCAUGCUGGAAUAACCAUCCACGACCCAUUUUCAAUGCCCUGGCUGAGGGAAGGAGGUUCUCACCCAAGAUUUGACGGUACAUGGACCCGUCCAUCGUCCCUUUUAAUGUGGUGAAGUUGUCCUGUCCACUUAGCAGAAAAACACCCCCAAAGCAUAAUGUUUCCACCUCCAUGUUUGACGUGGGGAUGGUGUUCUUGGGGUCAUAGGCAGCAUUCCUCCUCCUCCAAACACGGCGAGUUGAGUUGAUGCCAAAGAGCUCGAUUUUGGUCUCAUCUGACCAAAACACUUUCACCCAGUUCUCCUCUGAAUCAUUCAGAUGUUCAUUGGCAAACUUCAGACGGGCUGUAUAUGUGCUUUCUUGAGCAGGGGGACCUUGCGGGCGCUGCAGGAUUUCAGUCCUUCACGGCAUAGUGUGUUACCAAUUGUUUUCUUGGUGACUAUGAGCUGCCUUUAGAUCAUUGACAAGAUCCUCCCGUGUAUUUCUGGGCUGAUUCCUCACCAUUCUCAUGAUCAUUGCAACUCCACGAGGUGAGAUCUUGCAUGGAGCCCCAGGCCGAGGGAGAUUGACAGUUCUUUUGUGUUUCUUCCAUUUGUGAAUAAUCGCACCAAGUGUUGUCACCUUCUCACCAAGCUGCUUGCCGAUGGUCUUGUAGCCCAUUCCAGCCUUGUGUAGGUCUACAAUCUUGUCCCUGACAUCCUUGGAGAGCUCUUUGGUCUUGUCCAUGGUGGAGAGUUUGGAAUCUGAUUGAUUGAUUGCUUCUGUGGACAGGUGUCUUUUAUACACGUAACAAGCUGAGAUUAGGAGCACUCCCUUUAAGAGUGUGCUCCUAAUCUCAGCUCGUUACCUGUUUAAAAGACAACUGGGAGCCAGAAAUCUUUCUGAUUGAGAGGGGGUCAAAUACUUAUUUCCCUCAUUAAAAUGCAAAUCAAUUUAUAACAUGUUUUUGUUGUUAUUCUGUCUCUCACUGUUCAAAUAAACCUACCAUUAAAAUUAUAGACUGAUCAUUUCUUUGUCAGUGGGCAAAUGUACAAAAUCAGCAGGGGAUCAAAUACUUUUUUUCCCUCACUGUAUAUAGAAAUUUUAGCAAAUGUAUUGAAAAUGAAACACUGAAAUAUCUCAUUUACGUAAGUAUUCACACCCUGAGUCAAUGCUUUGUAGAAUCACCUUUGGCAGCAAUUACAGCUGUGAGUCUUUCUGGGUAAGUCUAUAAGAGCUUUCCACACCUGGAUUGUGUGUUAAUUUGUCCAUUAAUCUUUUCAUAAUUCUUCAAGCAAGCUUUGUCAAAUUGGUUGUUGAUCAUUGCUGGACAACCAUUUGCAAGUCUUGCCAUUGAUUUUUAAGUCGAUUUCUAAGUCAAAACUGUAACUCGGCCACUCAGGAACAUUCACUGUCUUCUUUGUAAGCAACUCCAGUGUAGAUAUGGCCAUGUGUUUUAGGUGAUUGUCCUGCUGAAAAGUGAAUUUGUCUCCUAGUGUCUGGUGGAAAGCAGACUUAACUAGGUUUUCCUCUAGGAUUUUGCCUGUGCUAAGCUCCAUUACGUUAUUUUUUUAUCCUGAAAAACUCCCCAGUCCUUAAUGAUUACAAGCAUACCCAUAACAUGAGGCAGCCACCACUAUGCUUGAAAAUAUGGAGAGUGGAACACGGUAAUGUGUUGUAUUGUAUUUGCCCCAAAAAUAACACUUUGUGUUCACGCCAAAAAGUGAAUUGCUUUGCCACAGGAUGCAUGCUUUGGAAUAUGUUUUAUUCUGUACAGCUUUGCAGUGGAGGGCAUAGGCCCAUCCACUGGGGAGCCAGGCCCAGCCAAUCAGAAUGAGUUUUCCCCCAAAAGGGCUUUAUUACAGACAGAAAUACUCCUCAGUUUCAUCAGCUGUCCGGGUGACUGGUCUCAGACGAUCCCACUGGUAAAAAAGCUGGAUGUGGAGGUCCUGGGCUGGCGUGGUUACACGUGGUCUGCGGUUGUGAGGCCGGUUGGACAUACUGUCAAAUUCUCUAAAACAACAUUGCAGGCGGCUUAUGGUAGAGACAUUUUCUGGCAACAGCUCUGGUGGACAUUCCUGCAGUCAGCAUGCCAAUUGCAUGCUCCAUCAAAACUUGAGACAUUGGUUGUGUAGUGUUGUGUGACAAAAUUGCACAUUUUAGUGGCCUUUUAUUAUCCCCAGCACAAGGUGCAUCUGUGUAAUGAUCAUGCUGUUUAAUCAGCUUCUUGAUAUGCCACACAUGUCAGGUGGAUGGAUUAUCUUGGCAAAGGAGAAAUACUCACAAAGUAAACAAAUUUGUGCUCAAAAUGUGAGAGAAGUAAGACUUUUUGUGGGUAUCAAACAUUUCUGGGAUCUUUUAUUUCAGCUCAUGAAACAUGGAACCAACACUUUACAUGUUGCGUUUAUAUUUUUGUUCAGUAUACAAGAGAGCUGAGAGUGAAAGUGCAACUCACCCUGACAGUAUCUUCGACAGUCUCUGACACCUUUCUGACAUUUAACUUGUGAUCCCCUCCCUGUCAGGCUGUUCCACCAUCCUGCCCUCUACAAGCAUUUCCACAAGCAGCACCAUGAGUGGACGGCUCCCAUCGGAGUGGUCUCUCUCUACGCCCAUCCUCUGGAGCACGUGGUGAGCACUUUAUGCCUGUCCACUCCUCUUUCUUUCUUUCUUUCUUUCCUCUCUCUUAAAGUCAGACUAGGGGACCAUAGCUUGAAACACUGCAGUGUGGAUAAUCUUGUAAGCAGAUCAUUUAUAACCAUGUAGCCUAUUUCUAAACAAUGUAAAACCAUGUUGCUGAUGGUCCCGCUUCACCCCCAGCUGUCCAACAUGCUGCCUGCUCUGAUCGGCCCUGUGAUCCUGGGUUCCCACCUUGUCACAACCACCCUGUGGUACGCUCUGGCUCUGGUCAGCACCACCAUCUCCCACUGUGGCUACCACCUCCCCUUCCUGCCCUCCCCCGAGUUCCACGACUACCACCACCUCAAGUGAGUCCUGUCUUAUGCAAGAUAGGGUUGCGUCCCACCUGGCACCCUAUUCCCUAUGUAGCGCACUACUUGUGACCAGAGCCCUAUGGGACUUUGUUAAGAAUAGUGCACUAUAAAGGACAUAGGGUGCCAUUUGGGAUAUACACAGAAUAACUUUAUUUUCCCAGAGGGAACUUUGGUAUGUUAACUGAUAUAGUGCACACUGUUCUUGGCAUCUUCAUUUUAAUACUGUGAAUCCCUGUCCAGUUCUUUGUUUGUACUUUGGACUUUGUUGACUCUGCCGGCCAUGGCAGAUAUUAAAAGUGUGGUAAUAGCUCCUCCACAUAUCUCUUCUGAAGUCUAGGUGGAAUUUUUCUGUAAUAUUGGUUACAGCUUAUUAAAUCUACUCCUUCCCGAUCCGAAAAGGGGAGUUGAUACGUGCAAAAGGGUGAGGUAUUGGGAUUGGUUUGGGAUUUGUUCCAUGGACAAGUUAGCCUGCCUGACACACAGCGAGUCUGUGGCUUUAGCCAGGCGAUGUACAAGUAAAAUUCAAAGGAGGAAACGUUAAGUACAGUACACUGUGUUUUCUUUUGUACUAAUAAUGUACUCUACCCUCCAUCUCUGCAGGUUCAACCAGAACUUUGGAGUCCUGGGGGUUCUGGACAGAUUACACGGCACCGACGCCAACUUCAGGAAGACCAAGGCCUACGAGCGUCACACCCUGCUCCUCAGCCUCACCCCUCUGACCGAGAGCAUCCCAGACCCCCCCAAGAAGGUCCAGUGAUUCUCCCCUAACCCAAACGUCACUUCUGACCUCCAGCUACAUCCCAAUAAUCACUCCUUACUCCUGUAGUGUGCACUCGUUCACUACUCCCCAUACAGUUAAAAGCAUUGGAUUGGUGUAAGCAUGGGCUAGAGGAAAAUGUAUGAUGAAGGGAAGUGAACAAGUGCACAGAGAAAGGAGAGAUUAUUGGGAUGCAAUCAGAGUAUUCCCAUCCUCAAGUCUGGCACUGGGAUGGCUCCACUCCCGCUGUUCCUUUCUGCUCUUGGUAGUAGAUACAGUUGAGUCCUUAUUAAAGGUAGAGUCAGCCAAAUGACAUUGCACAAGCAGCAACGCAGAUAUUGUGAUGAGCAAGAUGCAAGACUUCGCUCUCACACAGUAUAUGCGCAUGUGCAGGGGUUCGCUUCACACUCUUACAACGUGGUAGCCACGGGACCAAAACAGCGGACAUACCUCAUUUUAAUUAUAAAUCCCUAUAUUUUAUAAUCCGAUUGUUGGAUGGCACUUUAUUACCGUAAUUAGCACUUAUUUCUUUGAAUGUUUCCUGUGUAACUUUAGAAAACCUUUAAUAAGCUUACUAAUAUCAGUAUGUUAGUGUACUUAUUGUAUUGUUAGUAAGUUUGGAUUCUGGGCCAUGGAAAACCAUACAAUCAUCCCAUCCUUGUCACCAUUUGUACAAUCUGUAAAUGGGUCCUUAAAGGGAUGUGUUCUGUAGAGUCUGACUCCUAGGUUGAGAUUUGGGAGUCAUCAUAGAUUUUUACAUGACCCGUAAUUCAUAAACUGUGCAUUGUUGCAGAAUAAAACCUUUGAAACAAA